AAGCAAACACAACAUUUAUUUUGUGUUUAGAUUUCAAUAAAUUAAUAAGUGAUAGCUUCAUCAUCAGAAAUGGACAACAUAUUAUUUAUAGAUAAUGCCAGGCAACAUGAAAUUGAAACAUUUUAUGAGGCGUGCCAACGUCACAGGGAUUAUUACAGAGGCUACCCGAAAGCGUACCACCCGCUGACUUAUUUCCUUGAACCGGAACUAAUGUGGCAAUGCCCUAAGGAUAUGACUACCGUGUACCUAAGCUACCCCGGGUACCACGUGAAGUACAAGCAGCCGGUGGUGUUGCCAGGUGUGACGGGGCGCACGGCGGGGAUGCCAGACUUGCCUAGCCGCACGCUCGCCGGCAGAUAUAAUAAGGCUGCUUGUUUAGCUUUCUCUAGAUAACUGAC